AUGUCAUUGACCCCUUCAAAGUGUCUCCUCACUCUCCGCGCGAUUCUUCUUCUGGUAAUGUUCCGUAUAAGUGCGAUCCCUAACCGCACUUACGAGGCCAAUCGCACUUGGACGGGAUUUGGUAGCACACCACAUAUUCCGUUCUUGAUCAUGUCGUUGAGCUUGGACAAGUCGGCGGACGCGACGUUCCUCCGCUUUGCGGCGCGCUUCUGCGGGGUGAAGACCAGCUCUGCCGCGCACGGAGAGAUCCGUCUGAAGGUGGGCAAUGUCCUGCUCCAUCAACCCAACACCAUCGUGCGCCACUUUGCCCGCGCCGCCGACCGCGAACUCGAACUCACGGGCCAGAACGCGUUGGAACAGGCCGAGAUCGCGCACUACAUGGAUGUGGCGACGACGCUUCGAGGAACCGAUCCCAUCAACCCCGUCGUGCACUGGGAAGCGUUGGACAAGGCCUUGGCGUCCAAGGUGUACUUUGUCGGCAACCGCCCCACCCUCGCGGACGCGACCUUGUUCUGGAGUGUCCAUGCCGCGUUCCAACAGUCGAACGCACGUCUAGCGCCAUUCGUGAACCUCCGCCGUUGGUUCAACCAGAUCCAGCACACCGUCGGCGUGCGCGGGUUUCCCGACGUCGACGUCGUUGCCAUCCCCGUGCCCACCCAUGUACUGCUCGUCUAA